CCCGACCGACGGCAUUCGGCACCGACCCGCCGCGCGACGAUCACGCCAGUCCUCGAUACGCUCCGCACUGCGGCGGUAACCUCCACCACCAACGUUAACUGUCACUCACUAUCGUGAAAUUAACUCGGAAGCUGAAUAAAGUGCCCGCCGGAACCUGUUACUGUGUGUGUGCGCUUUGGGAAAACCCGCGAAUUCAGUGUUUUCAUUGGCAACGCGAUCUUCAGGCUCAUAUUGACGCCAAAUUGAAUCGUUUCGAACAGAUUUCGCAUCACAUUGGACAAGAUUCAAGCAAACUGGAAGAUUUAUAGCCUUGAAAAUAAAAAGAUUUGAAGAUGAAGAAAAAUAGAAACUGUGAGAGCCGGUGGUGGGUGGUAUUAUUAACUGCCACCUUGGCGGCUCCAGUCUUGGGUGAAGCCAGUGCUGGUCUGUUCAAUGCCAAACUGAAGCAAGUCAUCACAUCGAGCACACUGAAAUGGAACAACCUAAAGAAGGAAGUUAUGGACACCUACGUCAUUGGAGCUGAUUCGCCGCAAGGUCCGAUUUAUCUGUGCCGAGCCAGGCAUGAAGGAGACAUGCUAUUGGGUCAGCUGAGACCUGAAUAUACUUCCUGUGCAGUUUCUGGCAGCAAAAGUUACGACGUAUUUGAGGUACUGCAAAACAUUGAAAACGCAUCAUUGAUUACUUGGAAACCAUGGCUGAGGUUCUCUCCGAAACCCAGUGGUGGCGUGCUGGUUGAUUCUUCAGUUGACUCAGUCUUUAUUGGAAGAUCAAAAGCUGAAAGUGGAUUUUCACACAAUAUUGGAAGAAUAGCUUAUGACUUUGCUAUAGGGAAAUUGCUUACCUUUGACGAUAAAAAUAAUGAAAUCACCGAAACCCAAGGAGAAAUUUUAGUCGAGGUUGAACCUGUGAGUUAUAAGUUAGAGGAUGUAGAGUUAGACUUGACUACUUUACAAGUCCGAUCAUCGGAUCCAGAGAUAUUCGGGGAACGUGUUCUAAGAAACGAAGAUAGUGUUGCAGCUACUGUUACAACUGCGAUCGAAUAUGAAUUUAAUUACAGCAUAUCGUGGGGUCAUGGCCAUGGAAUGGGUAUUGGGUUGAAUACCAGCAUUGAGAUGGGUGACGGUACUUGGUAUCCACAACUAGAAUGGGCUAACCCUUUUACAGAGAAGAAGACGAAGCUAUACAACUUGGAAAUAUUUUUAGAACCAGGAACUGCUUGUAAUGUCACAUUCAGAGGAAAUCGUACAGAGCGUGACGUUCAGUACACUGGCAAGCUGACAACAUACUACAAUGACCACGAUCCCCGAUCAAGGCAAAUGCGUGGAGAGCGAACCGAAAACACUUUGGAAGUUGAAGCCGUGUAUGGAGAAAUUUAUUAUUUGGCCAACAACAGUUUGGUUCCCACUACCACGACUACGACAACUACCACUACCACGACCACAACGACCACAGCCGCGCCGACCAUACCUACGGAAUCAGAUAAAAAUAACAUUCCCAUUGCAAUAAUGAAUCCUAAUCAGCCCGGUGAGAUAGACAGCAACAACUUGGUCAACACCAAUGACAAGGUGCAGGAACCACGUCAGCAGGACAUCAACGUAAAAAAUGCAAUGGUUGGGGCUAGACCAAUGAGCAGCAAUUCCAACGGCGCAGAAGUGACGGUUCUUUCCUUCACGUUACUUGUAACAGUCUUCGCGCUUUUAUUUUAAGAAACAAGUAUUAAUAUCCCCUUGUAAAUAGCGAAUCAGAUAAUCAUCAUUGAUAGUUGCUUUGCCGUCUAGACAAUAUAAUUUAUUUGGCAACUAAGCUUGAUGCUGUUGUUUGUUAACUGAGGAAGUUUUCGUAGAUACUUAUUGUAAAUAGAGUAUUUUUGUUUCUUCACAUUCCUGUUAAGUGAUUUCAUUCCAAUAUGUAAAUUGAGGAGCCAAAAUUUAUCACAUAGCUGUAAAUAGGUCUUGUAAAUAGUUACGAAUGUGGGGGUCGCAGAGCGACAGGAACCUUAUUCAGAAUAAUGGAGGUUUAACACCGUAGAUAGGAAUAUAGCGAGUGACACUGUUACCAACGCCACCAUGUAUGAGAUCACAAAUGGUAUUAACCUAUUAAUCAACAAAUGACAAAUGUGAUAAUCCAUAGAUAUACAAAAUUACCUUUCUUGACAUUUACCUGAUAUUAAAUUAAUGUUUACUGUAAUAUUUAACUGCCUUUAAAUGCCAAAAUUUUCCAACAAAAUAUCUUUGAUACCAGUAGUAGUCCCCAUGUAUUGUAAUAAUCUCUACUGUAUCGUGCCUACAUAGUUUUAAAUAACUUAAUAGUUGUCAAUCCAGUUACCCAUUCCAUUAAAUAAAGCAAAGCUUAAUUACAUGAUUUUGCUAAUCGACACGUUUUGUCUCAUCCAGAGCAAAGGUUUUUUGGGCGCAACGCAAGAGAGCCAGAAAAUAAACGUAUGUUGUUAUAAUUUCUGUUACGAACGCGCAAAUAAAGCGAUCAUAUCUUAUCAGUACCUCCUAUUUUGUAGUAUUUUGUAAUUUUAUUUCUUUUUAAUUGUUAUUUUUAGUUUUAAGUUACAAGAGUUUAAAACCCAGAAUUAAGAGAUAUUAUUAUUUUUAAAUCUUUUAGCCUUUAUCGAUAUUUAAUUUAUAUUGUUUUUAUUGAUAUUGUAUUUAAAUUUAGAGUCAGACAAAUUCAAGCACUUAAUAAAUAUAUCGAUGGAUGACUUUGUUAUUAUUGCCAAAGUUGUAGCUAACAUUUAAGUCUGCCUACAUUUAGUUUAGGCCAUUAACAAAUCAAUCAUCCCUCCGUAUUGAACUUGUACUAAUAUUUUUGUAAGUUCUUACAAUAUUAACAUAUUUCUGAUACAAACUGAUAUCAUUAGUAUGCUUAGCGGAUUUUGUCAAUGUGUAUAGAAAAUGGAUAAUAUUUUUGUAUGGGUAGAAAUCGAUUGUAAGCAUUCGCCUUAAUGUAAAACAAUAUCUUCUUCACGUCUUCUAAACACUUUCAUUGAUUCAUAGUAAUAGUCGAAAGUGACAUCGUUAAAAUAUUUAUGAAAUAUUUUGCGCUGCAAGUUAUUAAGACGAUAAUGUUAGUAACCAAAAUUUGUCCUUUGUACGGUGAUCUUCAAAACUUCGGUUAAUUUGUGUCAAUGUCCCACCUAGAUGUACCAUUACCUUGUAAGCUUUUAAAAUAAUUAGUGUUUACAAUCAUACAUUUACUGCUUUAGUCAGGAAUAUUUUUUGACUUAAAAUGAUAUUGUAAAUUGAUGUUAGUAUUAAUAUUUUUUUGGAAUUCGAGGCCUCUAUGUUCAACGUCUAAUUUUAGAGUAUUGCUUACCCUCUCGUUAGGUAGUGAAUCUGUUCCUUCUUGUUUAGGGCGUGUUCCACAUUGUUGUACCUAUGGAGUAAGUACAGGCGGCAGCACAUCAGACUAUACACUUUUGUUGGAAAAUCGCCUCUAUUAUAACAAUAUUUAAGAUGCCACUGUGUUUAGCAUGACGUGCCGUCGUCUGUCCAUCGGUCUCGCACCGAUCAGCGAAUAUUUGACAUCAACAUUGUUUUGCAAAGCAUAAUUGUGAUGUUCAAUGUAAGUUUUAUUUGUUUAAACUCAUUAAAGUGUAAUAAAUCAUA